GUGCAUCUAUCGUUAAAGAUGGUGACUGGGAGACCAAAGGGACCUCAGCCACACCGACUCUACCGCCACAGCUCCGCAUGGUGACACUGAAGGGUUCCAGUAUGGGCCGUUUGGGCUGGGUCCUCCUCACCCUCCCAGCCCUGCUUUCCCAGAUCAGUGUACCAGCAGCGGCCCAGAAGCCACCUGGGCUAAGUGUGGGGGUGAUCUUGGGUCAGACGAGGCCAAUCAGUGACCAGGAUAUAAUCCCGGUGAGGCGGAACGACGACCCUGUGGAGCUGACCGUCACCACCCUGAGAAUCAACCAGACAGACCCCAAGACAGUCAUCACACAGGUGUGUGAGCUGCUACAGAAGAAGCCUCUCCAUGGCCUUGUCUUUGCUGAUGGGUCGGACCAGGAAGCUAUCUCUCAGAUCCUGGACUUCCUGUCUUCUCAAACAUCACUUCCUGUCCUGGGGGUGUACGGGGGAUCCUCCAUGAUCAUGGCCGACAAGGAUGUGGAGUCUACGUUCUUCCAGUUUGGAGCAUCUCUGAUGCAGGAGGCGUUACUGAUGAUGAACAUCAUGGAGGAAUAUGACUGGCACAUCUUCUCUAUAGUCACCUCUAAGUUCCCCGGGUACCAGGAGUUUAUAAAUGUCCUGCGUGUGACGGUGGACCACAGCUUUGUGCGUUGGGACCUUCAGAGUGUCGUCACGCUGGACGCGGUGGACGGAGACGCCAACUCUAAAGCUCAUAUCCAGCUGAAGAGGAUCCAGAGUCCUGUAAUACUGCUGUACUGCUCCAAGGAGGAGGCUAGGUAUAUAUUGGAAGAGGCCAGGUCUCUGGGUCUGACUGGGUCGGGCUACAUCUGGAUCGUACCAAGUCUGACCACAGGGAACCCCGACUUCACCCCAGACAUCUAUCCUCUGGGGAUGAUCUCUGUGUCCUACAACGAGAUGGAGUAUCCCCUGGAGAGCCGCCUUAGAGACGGAGUGGGCAUCAUCGCCACGGCAGCCGUCACCAUGCUGAGGGAGAAAGGGGAGGUGCCAGAACCCCAAGGGAACUGCUACAGCCAAUCAGAGAAGGGAAAGACUCUGCCCAGCGCCCUGAGAGGGAACAUGAUGCACGUGACCUACGAAGAGCGGGACCUGUCCUUCACCGUAGACGGUUACCAAGCCAACCCCAAACUGUCCGUCAUUGUCCUUCAUCCAAAUAGGACAUGGGAGAAGAUGGGUCGUUGGGAGAAUGGGACCUUGUCUCUGAUGUUCCCGGUAUGGCCCAGGUAUAACUCAUGGGGAGACGAGGAGGCCGAUGAGAACCACCUGUCUAUCGUGACUCUGGAGGAGAAGCCCUUCGUCGUCGUUGACAACGUAGACAUCCUGACUGGGACCUGCAUGAGGAACUCUGUUCCCUGUAGGAAACAUGUUAAAGAUAACUCUACAGAAGGUGGAGGAUCCUAUAUAAAGCAGUGUUGUAAAGGGUUCUGUAUCGACAUCCUGAAGAAGAUCGCCCGGAACGUCAAGUUCACCUUCGACCUCUACCUGGUGACCAACGGAAAACACGGCAAGAAGAUCAACAACGUCUGGAACGGCAUGGUGGGAGAGGUGAUUCAAAAGAAGGCAGCGAUGGCUGUGGGGUCGUUGACCAUCAAUGAGGAAAGGUCAGAGGUCAUAGACUUCUCUGUCCCCUUCGUGGAGACGGGCAUCAGCGUCAUGGUCGCCCGGAGCAACGGCACCGUCUCCCCCUCCGCCUUCCUCGAGCCCUUCAGUGCGUCUGUCUGGGUGAUGAUGUUUGUGAUGUUACUCCUGGUCACGGCCGUCUCUGUCUUCCUGUUUGAGUUUGUCAGUCCACUGGGAUUCAACCGCAACUUGGCCCAGGGCAAAGACCCCCACGGUCCGUCGUUCACCGUUGGGAAGGCGGUGUGGCUGCUGUGGGGUCUGGUGUUCAACAACUCUGUUCCGGUUCAGAACCCUAAAGGCACCACCAGUAAGUUCAUAGUGUCGGUGUGGGCCUUCUUCGCCGUCAUCUUCCUGGCCUCUUACACAGCCAACCUGGCUGCCUUCAUGAUCCAGGAGGAGUUUGUAGACCAGGUCACGGGACUGUCUGACAACAAGUUCCAGAACCCGUAUGCAUACUCCCCUCCAUUCCGUUUUGGGACGGUUCCUAACGGUUCAACAGAGAGGAACAUCAGGAAGAAUUACCCCGACAUGCACGAGUACCUGGUGAAAUAUCACCAAGGAGGAGUACAGGAUGCACUGGUCAGCCUCAAAGCAGGUAAACUGGAUGCCUUCAUCUAUGAUGCUGCUGUGUUGAACUACGCUGCUGGCAGAGACGAUGGCUGUAAGCUGGUCACCAGCAGCGGGUACAUCUUCGCCACCACCGGCUACGGCAUCGCUCUGCAGAAAGGGUCGCACUGGAAACGACAGGUGGACCUGGCUAUACUGGCCAUCAUAGGAGAUGGUGAGAUGGAGGAGUUGGAGGCUAUCUGGCUAACGGGGAUCUGUCACAAUGAGAAGAACGAGGUGAUGUCCAGUCAGCUGGAUAUAGACAACAUGGCCGGAGUGUUUACAUGCUGGCUACAAGCCAUGGGCCUGUCUCUAAUUACCUUCAUAUCAGAACACCUCUUCUACUGGAGGCUGAGAUACUGUUUCACUGGAGUCUGUAACGGACGACCUGGUCUGCUCUUCACCAUCAGCAGGGUAAGACUGAAGG